AUGCCCCCCUCCCGACAGGGGGGGGACGCGGCUUUGCCAAGGGGCCAGCCGGACGACCCGGGAAACUCUAGCCCGGCCCUCGACUUACCGGAGGACGCGGGGCCUCCGGAGAAGGCUCCUUCUCCCUCCGCUGGUAGCCCCACAUCCUCUGCAAACGGGGCAGGGGCGCAAGAACACACCGCAUCUGCUGCUCACGGGACAGGGGCUCCAGUACACGCCGCAUCUUCUGCUCACGGGACAGGGGUUUCAGCGCACGCCGCAUCUUCUCCUCUCGCGGACUCUCAGCUGCCGACCUCCUCAGCGGCUAUGGAGUCAGGCUUGGCGGGGGAUGCUUCCUUCACCAUGGCAGACCAGCCGCUGCGUAGCGGCAAGACGGAUGCAGUAACGCCGCGGCUGGACGGACCCACCGGGCGCGCUUCGGGGGAGGAUUCCGAGUCCUCCUCGUCGCCUUCGCAGGCUUUCACGCCCCCGGUUCAUCCGCGCGACAUGUUUGAGGCCCUUACCGCGGCGAUGAAGGCUUCUUCGGGGCCCCCGUACCUAGAUGUCUGGCGCCAGACCAUCCAGGAGUUAUUUGCGCUGGAAUUUGCCCGCCUUCCAGUCAGCUUCGACGCGUUGCCGGCCGAACGCAAACGGUAUCCCAAGCUCACAAGUACCGAGCUGGUGAGUUUGCUGGAUUUGUUUAAGCAGUGUUUUGUUGUGACAUCCGGCCGCUACGUCGACUGGACCCGUUUAGCCCACCAGAUCAGUAAGGAGAUCCUCGUCACGAAGUGGGCGUUCAAAGAAAUCUUGCGCAAGCUGGCCAGCCGACAGAAAUGGGCUGUGGCUCCAAUCCCGCGGCUGUGGUCUCAAGUCGUGCAGACAGGCAGUGCUGCUGCACCUGCCAGUACGACAGGCAAGCAGCGUACCGUGUUCGAUGACUUUAUGUUCGAUCCGGCACAUUUUUCGGAGGAAGCGACGACCACGCUCCGAGCCAUUUGCGCAACGCGCCUUAACUUGACAGGUACUCACCGUCUGCGCGAGGGUACAGAUGAUGAAUGGCGCAUCAUCAUUGGGAUUGCGGAAGGGCUUAUUGCCUGUCGUCGGCUGCCUGAUUUUCUCAAUUCUGUCUUCGACAGCGACGAGCGGCUUCGGUUGUGUCGGACUGUUCAGGCGCAGGUCGAGGGACAGUUGGUAUUAAAACUUAGACAUGGUCGUGAUAUCCCAAUUGGACGCCGGACGACCCACGCUAUUACGGAGAAGAUUUUGGAAUCGGCGGAAAUCUUGCGGGUCUGCUUGCCGGAUCUUCACCAUUUCCUCGGAUUGGCCAAGACGAUAAGCUACAAUCGUUCUACCCGUUCAAUCCACUUCUAUUUCUUUACGCGAGCCAUUGCCAAGGCGCACCAGGAUGUCGUAGUGCCUUUUCAGGGGAGGGCGUACACGCUCGAGAAUGUUCAUCACCCGGUCAGGGGCUCGGUCUGGUUGAAUCAGCGGGGACCAGACGGGCGGUCGAGCCACCCUCGGGCAGCAUACACCAUUUUGCUGUAUAAUCUCACCCGUUUGAUGAUAUUGGGCGCAUUGCUGCCUACCUCCGCUACAAGAUACCAACGGAUUUUGAGCUGGAGGAUAUGGAUACCUGCACCCCGAACUCACGUACGUCCACUGCCUGGAAAGUCACCUUUCAUCAAACCGUUUAGUAGCCCUGAUGAAAUGCGGCAAAUGGCGCAGCGACGACUGAUUGUGCAGCAAUCAGCCGAUGCAGCGGCACAAGCUGCGGUGACUCCGGCGGUACCGGUCGCCACUUCCAGUCCACCGCCGGCCGCCGAGCCCCAGCCAACAGGUAUACCUAUCCAAUCGGUGUAUAAUACUCAUGUCGCGCACGAGGGCCCGCCUCCUCCGGCCCCAAAACCCCGGCCCGAACAGCCAUGGAUGAGACGCCCCCUUCGAGGGGGUCGUCGGCCUUGGCCCCCAGUUCAGCCUUCCCCGCCUCAGCUGAACGACAGCAGCGGGAGUUAUCACGUUCUCCAGGAGGAUGAUAGGGCAGAGGAGGGUCCGUCUUCCCCAUUUGAAGGCAGUGUCGCCUCUGCACCUCCGCAGCCGGGGACGGGAGGCUCCUCGACUCCUGCUUUUUCGGCACGGCUGUCCCACUCUCGGCUUCUGCCGGAGGAUCAGGCCCGGAAACAAGCAGCCGGUAUCCGGGGCCCGGCGGUAGUUACCGCGGGUCCGGCUCUCCUGACCCAGCAGCAACGGGAACGUCUGACUUGCGAAAAGCUUUUAAAGCUGCUGCCGGAUCGGCAAUGUCACUCGAUACCCAUGGAUCCUAAGCCGCCAGCGGAACCCAUCCACAUGGGCGAGCUUGUGAGUAUUCUGGGACUUCGGGAAAUUAACACCCCAGCGAACGGCAAUUGUUUGGCGAUAGCUCUUGCUCAAGCGGUGGCUGAGUCUUUCUUGACCGCCCCUGCCAAGGACCAGGAGCUUCUCACGACUUGCAUUAAACGAGGUAUCACGUGUACAGGACUCUUGAACUUGGAGGAUCAGCUCCCUCACGACUUGCGGGUGCAGGCACUUAAGAACGUGGGCCGUGGGUGGGCGUCGAUGACGCGCACAGAGUCGGCUUCUCAAUUCCGCUGGUUUUUGACGGACUUUGCGGCCACCCCAUCGGGGCGAACUUCGCAUGUGUCUACGGACUGUUGGGGGGGCAGUGACACACUCGGCAUGGCAGCCACGUUUUUACAGAGAGACAUCUUUGUCGUUCAACGCGAGGAAGCCACCCCUCAGUGGCGUUGCCGCAAGUAUCACCCCGUUUCGAUGACUGUACGGGGACGGGCGGUGGCUUCUGUAAAAGAGUACCCCCUUUCUAUUAUGGCGUGCAUCGACGAGCUGCAGGCUACCAAAGUCGGGGCGACCCAGGCUCUACCGUUCGUGUUGCGGUUUGGCGGCAGCCACUACUCGGCAUUGCUCCAUUCAGCGGGAGUGGCCGAUCCGUUAAACCUUACCGAUACCCAGGACGGGCCGAGUGCGUCGCCGCAGGAUCCGGUCCACUCCUUCGAGGACGCUAAAGCCACAUCGUUGGUACCAUUGGAGGAGCGCUUCAGCACUGCCCUCAGACGACAAACUCCUUCCAGACAGCGGUGA